GCUUCCGGGUCAGAGGGCGUGGAGGCAGCGCCAUGGGGAAGAUGGCGGCGGCCGCGGGCCCCAUGGCGACGCUGGCGGCGGAGCCGGGCGAGGACGCCUUUCGGAAGCUCUUCCGCUUCUACCGGCAGAGCCGCCUGGGGGCCACAGACCUGGGAGGGGUCAUCGACUUCUCGGCGGCCCACCCGGCCUGCGGCUCCGGGCCUGCGGCGCUCAAGGUGGUCAGGUCUCCGCUCAGCAUGGCCUCGGUCAGUGAACACGAUGCCCGCCGGGUGGGACUGCGGCCCGUCAGCGCGUGGCGGGCCUACGGCCUCGAGGGCUACCCGGGAUUUAUCUUUAUCCCAAACCCCUUCCUCCCCGGUUACCAGUGGCACUGGGUGAAGCAGUGCCUUAAGUCAUACUGCCAGAAACCUAACGUAUGUAACCUGGACAAGCACAUGACGAAGGAAGAGACGUGCGACCUGUGGGAGCAGAGCAAAGAGUCCCUCCGCAAUAAGGACAUGAAUAAACGAAGACCCCGAAGUUUGCUAGAGAAGCUGCGGUGGGUGACCCUAGGCUACCACUAUAACUGGGACAGCAAGCAAUACUCAGCAGAUCAUUAUACACCUUUCCCUUCUGACCUGGCUUUCCUCUCAGAGCAAGUCGCCGCGGCCUGUGGAUUUCAGGGUUUCCGAGCCGAGGCAGGGAUCCUGAACUACUACCGGCUGGACUCCACGCUGGGGAUCCACGUUGACAGAUCGGAACUCGAUCACUCCAAACCCCUGCUGUCGUUCAGCUUCGGACAGUCGGCCAUCUUCCUCCUGGGAGGCCUCCAGAGAGACGAGGCCCCCACGGCCAUGUUCAUGCACAGCGGGGACAUCAUGGUCAUGUCGGGCUUCAGCCGCCUGUUGAACCACGCGGUCCCCCGCGUCCUCCCGAGCCCCGAGAGCGCCAGCCUGCCUCGCUGCCUGGAUGCGCCCCUGCCCGCCGGCCUGCCCGCAGACGCGCUGGUGGAGCCCUGCUCCGAGGAUGACCGGCACGUGUGCGCCGCUUACCUGCGAACGGCACGGGUGAACAUGACCGUCCGCCAGGUGCUGGCCCCAGACCAGAGCUUCCCCCCGGAGCCCACAGGAGAGCUCGCCGCAGAAGGGCCCCUCCACCCGCGUGACCAGGAGAGCCGGGUGAAACGCGCCAGGCUAGACCCCGGCAGCUGAGACGGGACGUGGCGCUCAGCGACUCACAGGUCUCACAGGUGUCCCAGGAGACCAUCAGAGACCGUCAGGCAGGGGCGCGUGUCACUGAGCGCGGGAGGCCUUCCCCGCAGCCCGCUCGGCCUGGCCGCUGUCUCUGCGGCAAACAGGAGCCAGACUGCACGUCCGUGAGUCCUUGGCGAUGGCUCAAGUGUUCCUAACGGGGCACGUCAAGCCCCCACUGGUGACUAGUAAUGUGCUCUGUGGGUCCUGUGCCAGCCAGCGGCCUCAGCUCCUCGUUUGUCCGUCAACAUCAGGCUCUUUGGGCUCCUGUCCUGUUCUUCAGAGACGACUGCGGUGCAGAGUAAGGCAACAGAACUGGAAAUCUCAUCCCCUAAGAAGAACUUAGCCGCGGCUGUUGCUGAAGGGUGACUGGCUACACCCAGGGAGGGGAGCAGCCGCAGCUCGCUGCCGGGCUCUCGGCUCUCCCUGCGGGCUUUUGAGUGCUGCCGCAACUGUGGGACCUGAAGGAGUCCUAAGGGUGUUCUGCGACUCUCUUCUCCAUGAAUAAACUGAUGUGAUUUUAAAUUAAAGAUCUGUAUCUGUCUUUGA